AUGGUGCACGAUAAGGUGGCUCUCCGGCCAACCGUGGCUGUUACGUUUUGUAACGUGCCGUUGAAUCUGGGAUCCAUUUUCGUCGAAUCCGUCUUCGGGAUCGGUAAGUUUGAACCUGUAACAACAUUUGCCAAUUGGAGAUUAGCGUCGGGAAGACAUUAUUAUUAUAAGCGUGGAGGAUUAUGCACGGGGAAAAAAAAAGAAAAAGGAAGAGACGAGAACAAAGUGAGAGUCAUUUCACGACGACAACGCAACGAGGUGUAUAGUCAUAGCCGUCUGUAUACAAGAGGUGCUUACACCGUUUUGGGUGACUAUAACGCGAGUGCCCAAAGUCCUUCUCAGGCAUCGAGCCAGUUCAAUUAA